AUGGGCCAAGAUCUAAUCUACGCAUCUGAGGUCUUUUAUCCCUGUGUUUCCCCAGCAAUUCCUCUAUCGCCGUCAGUGCUCGAUACCAUCUCAUCCUAUCGCCGCGCGCUCCUGCGCACUGUACUGGGAAAUCGAGAGAACACACUUCCUUUCAUCCCCACUCUCCCCACCCCCUCACAUACCGUUUAUCCUUCACAGCCAACCUGUACUCCUCCAAUCGCCCGCUGGUCAACUUUGGAUGAACCAGGCAAAUACGCAGACAAAAACUCACAGAUAGGAGAGAUCAUUCUCUUCUCUGCUGAUUUGCAGCAGUUCGAAGAGCAGAUGACAGAGCGUCAUGCUUGCCUAUCUGCUCGAGCUUUGGGCCUGGUUCUUGAUAGCGCCGUGCUAGACCUCCGGCUAUCUCCUAGGACCGCCGCUGUCAUUGAGUCGGGGGAUGGCUUUUACACAUUAAACUUGCAAAUAUUUCAGAAUGAAUAUUUAAAUUAG